AUGUCGGAGAGCUUCGACGUCCAAGGCGGUUUCGAUGAUGUUUAUCGCAUCUUCCUUGUGGACACGCCCAUUGGACCCUACUUCGAGGAGUACCUGAAGGAGGCAGACCGCGACAAGGAUGACAUGGCCCCUGCAGGCAUCGAGACGUCACAGGUUGGUGGCAUCCUGACGAAGCAGGACUUGGAGAUUAUGAAGCAGAGUCUGAAGAAGGCGUGGCUGGAGGACUUCUAUAGCUUCGUGGAGAGUCAGGGCGGCACCACUGCGGAGGUCAUGGGCAACAUCCUGAAGAUGGAGGCUGACUUCCGCGUACUCUUAGUCACGCUGAACGCGCUGAACACCAACCUCAGCACGGAAGCUUCGCUUGGGGAGCGCAACGCCCUGUACCCCAACUUUGGCUACCUCUACCCUGAGGGGACGAAGGUCAAGGACUUCUAUGACGCCGAAACCGGAGGGUCUCGGGCCGCGCCAGCAGGAGCACAGUCCAUCGAGGAUCUGAUCUACGCAGAGAAUGUCCGGAUGUACGAGAUGGCUUUUGAGCAGCAGUACCACUUUGGCAUCUUCUAUGCCUGGGUCAAGCUGCGCGAGCAGGAGAUCCGAAACAUCAGGCGCUCGCGCGGAGGGGCAGUCGAUCCGAGAGGAGUCUCGGGUUUAAGACCCUAA